UUUUAGCUCAAAAAAUGCAUGCUUUUUGAAGCCCAUAAAUACUUCAUUUCCCCUGCUGUCUAAUACAAAGAAGAGAAGGAUAUGAAGUUGGUUGGCGUGUUGGUAUGUUUGUUGGUGGUGGCCAUGGACAUCGUCGCCGGCCUACUUGGCAUCGAAGCCGAUAUUGCACAAAACAAGGUGAAGAACCUUCGGCUAUGGAUAUUCGAGUGCAGAGACCCAAGCGCGCAAGCUUACAGAUUGGGAUUAGCAGCAGCCGGGGUUUUGGGAUUAGCGCACGUAAUCGCCAACCUGCUCGGCGGCUGUAACUGCAUUUGCUCGCAAGAAGCGCUCGAAAAAUCACCCCCAAACAAGCAAAUCUCCGUCGCCUGCCUCGUUUUCACUUGGAUAAUUCUAGCGGUGGCGAUGUCGAUGUUGGUGAUCGGAGCAUUGGGCAACAACAAAUCCCGAGCAUCCUGUGGCUUCACACACCAUCACUUCCUGUCGAUUGGAGGGAUUUUGUGCUUCGUUCAUGGCUUGUUUUGUGUCGCUUAUUACGUUACUGCCACUGCUGCUGAGUAGUGGAAAUUGCUUUUGGAUUUGAUGUAUCGUUUCUCCUCUUGUGAAGCAUAUCAGACAAAAACUAAGCUAAUCAUCCUUCUUUUCUUCUCUA